CCUAGACCUAGUAUGUAUUGUACCUAGUGUACCUAGUAAUUUUUACUAGGCCUCAAUUGGUCACGAGCCAACUCCAACAUCUUCAAUGUCUCUCUUUCUCUUUCUCUCUUCCAAGCUUCUUCUCUCCGCACGAACCUGUGGCACAUCCUUUUUUUCCAAUUUCAAUAAGGAACUUUGGAUACAUCAAUUCGAGAAGUAUUGCGCGUCCUAAGUAACUUCUUGUAUUUUUAAGACAUUCAUUGCCUUCCUUCUCCCAUUCCUUCUAUUAUAAUUAGUUCCUUUCCGCCAUAUGCCAUACAUAUAUCCCCCCACGCUUUCCAAGUCUUAAAUAUCUACCUACAUAGAGUAUUAUUGGGCGCCUUAGUAUUACAUCUAUAACUAUGUACGACAUGAACCAGAAUAUAUAACGCCUACAUACAUCACAGCACAUCCGGCACUGUACAGUCGGCCACUGAUUCUUAGUUUGGUCAUGAGGAAGGAUGUGAGACUUGUUAACGACAUAACGAUCAACUCUAUUUCAGAGUGAAGGGUUAGAAAUAUUGGUGGUGGUUUGUUCAGUAGUGACUCUUCUCAGCUUCCGACGUCUUGGAGUUCUCGAACAGGAAAAGAAAGAAAGAAAGAAGAAGAAGAAAAAGAAGAAAAAGAAAGAAAAAAGGAUCCGAGGAAAGAUUGGUUCAAUUUUCAUUUAAUAUACCCAUCUCAACACUUUACCGGGUAAAUAUGAGCGUUGCGUCUCUCCCUGGAAUUCAACCCAUCAUCAUGUCACGACCUCAAGUCGGCAUCGAACGACUACCAAGUCGCCGCAUGAGCAGUGAACCACGCGAAGCGAUGAACUGCAAAUCAUGUCGGAAGCGGAAAAUCAAAUGCAACCGGCUACGUCCGUCCUGCGAAGCUUGCCAAGUCUUCCAAAGCCCAUGUAUCUAUGAUGCGAUACCCAAGAAACGGGGACCAAAGACAGACGUGCUAGAAGCAUUGCUGAAGAGAGUAGAUGGUCUAGAGGCGCAACUAAAAGACCACAGAACUACAGACGUCUCACCAAGCGAAGAACAGCCACUACGGUUGACCACUGAAGAGCCCCAUGCUGGGUCAGCAGUGAUCAAAUCGGCUUCCGAGCCGAGAUCAAAGCGUCCAAUCCUGGACAUGUCUCGGUCAACGGAGACCACUCCCGAAUCCACCAUAUAUUCACCUACAAUCAACGGUGAAGCCUCACCCAACAUACAGGUAGAUACACUCAUUAACACUUACUUUAAUCGGUUCCACGCGAAACCCUAUCAUAUCCUUGAUGAAGAAUCGGUGCAGCAGCGAAUACAACUCAACCAGCUGCCCGGUUAUCUACUCCACGCCAUCUAUGCUGUUGCUACCAGAUGCACCCCCCAUCCCGCAGGCUAUCAGUCUGCAGUCAAACAGAGCGAAGAGUAUGCAUCAAGAUCAAGGGGUGAGAUUGAUAUAGAUGAGCCUUCCAUUGAUGCACUUCAAGCCCUGCUGCUCCUUGUCACUGCCUUCACCGCUGCCAACAACGGCAAAAAGGCUUAUAUGCUCUUAACGAACGCCAUUGGUAUGGCCAUGGCCCUCGAGUUACAUCGAGAGGUCAAUUUACAGGUGCAGAUAACUACUGUAGAGCGAGAAACGAGGAGACGCUUAUUCUGGACGUGUUAUCUGCUUGACAGAUUUAUGGCCUGUGGCUCAAAACGCCCCUGUCUCAUUAGUGAUAGGAUGAUCCUUCUACGUUUACCAUGUUGGACUUCAAGCCCCUCCUCUAUUCCGGUUGAGGGAGAUUUCUUUCAAAAUGGCUCGAACCUUCAGCAUGUACAAGGGAGUGGUAGAAAGUCACAAGGAAGUACCGGCAUGCUCAUCGACAUUACUCGCAUCCUAGGAACGACGAACAGAUACCUGGCGGCAGGUGGAGUCAAAGGCGACUCUCAUUUCCCAUGGCAUUCACUCUCUGAAUUAUCCAAGAUCAGACAAGACCUCGACGUAUGGGCUUCCGGCACUGAUGAUGUCUUCUCAAGCGUUGAUACCUUGUUUGGUCAGUCUGAUUCGACCGUGCUGGUUCUCAGCAAGCUCGUAUAUCAUUUAAUACACUGUCUGGUGUAUAGGCCUUUCCUCCCUAUCGACCUUGCCGAGUUAUCUGGUACAGGUCAGCAUCAGUCUUGGCAAAUAGAAGCCACCAAUAUAUGUUUCCUCCAUGCCAAUGCCAUUGCUGAACUGGUCGAACUUGGAAAGCAAAUGGCAUGCAUUGAGUGGCCUGCCUUCGUCGGUUAUUGUAUAGCCACUGCCGGAACAGUCCACAUACAUGGGGCACACUAUAAUAAGAACGGAGUUGGAGAGGCGAUGGGCGUAUUCUCCUCCUCAUCCGAAUUUCUAUCCCGGGAGCUUCAACAAUUAACCGAACUCAGCUACUCAUGGGCCACCGUACAGCAUCAACGUGAUACUUUGCAGAGUGUCUACAAUGCACAUGCCGAGCUUGUCAAAGGCCUUGCGAAUAAUUCGAUGCGUUAUUCUCCGGCCUUCAAUCUGGAAGACUUCUUCGAUCGUUAUUCAAACUCCGCCAGACCAGGUAGCCGUCUGUUCACAUUUGAUGCAGUGGCCAUAAAUUUAUCAGAUGAUCUCGUCAGUAUCUCAACGGAAAGCUACACGGUGCCUAGUUCAUAUCCUCGCUAUAACACAGAUACGGAACGGUCAAGCCUAAAACGGAAAAUAGCAAGCGAGUUUUCGCAAAGACGGCCUAGCUUUAGGAGUCUGACGCCGGUAACUAUAGGCAAUAACGGUACUGUGACUACCGGGCUACCUACUCCCGGUGGCCAUUCUCAACAAUUCACGUUUACAGCAGCCCCUCAUCCGUCGCCAAUACUACGAACAACUGACUCACAGGCUUGUGCUACUCAGAAUAUGUCAGAAGGUACUGGUCGAAUGGUGCAACGGAGGUCAGCAUCGUUGGAUGACCAAGCUGCCAAUGCUGCUGCUGCCGUCGCAGCUACUACGGCGGGGUUCGAGUCCAUGUCUCGCCAGCAGACUCAGCAACACAUUGAUACGAUGUCGGCUGGGACCUUCCCCUCGGCAUCAUACCAGUACGCAACACCCAGUCCGGAUGACGAAAGCAAUCUUGGUGUGGCCAGCUACGACCCCAUGUUCGGCACGGUACCUACGAAUACGUUUUCCUCUCCCGCAGCCUGGCACGGCGGAGAUGAGGAUCAUCAUCAUCAGCAGAAUCAUCGCAAACAACAAACGCACAACGCAGGACUGAGCCCCAGGGCAGCAGCGGGGGCGGGGUAUCAGAACAACAACAACAACCACAGCCCCGGCGCUGCUGGGCCAGGAGAAGAAAAAGACCCGUUCCUGUGCCUGCUCGAGCAGCUGGCGGAGAACGAGCAUGUCAUCGGGCAAGGCAAGGAGAUUGACUUCUUCCUCACGGGGGUGCAGGGGUGA